AUUUUGCACCUCAAAACCAACCCAACCCCUCCAAAUCUUUCUCCUUUUUUCUCUCUCUUUUUUCUUGGUGUCUUUUUCUUCUUACCAUUGUAGUAAUACUUUCAGGGUAUUUCUUUUCAUUGGAUUCUUUUUUGACUAUUUUUCAAAAAUGACCAAAAAAAUUUCUUUUUUUUUUAUAAAGGGAGAUUCUUUGUAGACUCUCUUCAACAUGUUGUUUUUUCUUUUUGGGCUUUUCUAGUUCUGUUCUUUUCUUAUCAUAAUAUCAAAAUCUAUUUAGAACAAAACUAGAAAAAGCUCUUUUCUUUCUUUUUCAAGAACACUGUUUUUUUUUUUAAAAAAAAUUUCCUUGGCUGUUGGAGUUGCUGAAAGCAGCAGCAGCAAAAGAAUGGGUUUUGAUGAUAAAAAUGUAGAAAGCAAAGAUGGGGCAGGAGCAAAUUCUGAGGGUAAUAAAGGAAUUAUUGUUGGUGAUUCUGACCCUGAGAUUGAGAAUGAAAGUGUUGGGAAUAAUAAUGAUAAUAGAGUUAGUAGGCAAAUGAGUGAAAGUUCAAUUUAUACAACUGAUCAAGAAGAGGAUGAUGAUGAAACUAAUAACAAGAUUGAGUUGGGUCCUCAAUGUACUCUCAAAGAACAAUUUGAAAAAGAUAAGGAUGAUGAGAGUUUGAGAAGGUGGAAGGAGCAGCUCCUUGGUAGUGUGGAUAUUAAUGCUGUUGGAGAAUCCCUGGAUCCAGAAGUGAAGAUCUUGAGCCUUGAAAUUAAGUCCCCUGGUAGAUCUGAUAUUGUUCUCCCUAUCCCUGCGGACGGAAAUCCCAAGAGCCCAUGGUUCGUCCUGAAAGAAGGGAGCAAAUACAGCCUAAAGUUUACAUUCCAGGUCAACAAUAACAUAGUGACAGGUCUUAAAUACACGAACACAGUUUGGAAAACCGGUAUCAAAGUGGACAGCACGAAACAAAUGAUCGGGGCGUUCAGUCCUCAAUUGGAGGCUUAUACACAUGAAAUGCCAGAAGACACCACCCCUUCUGGUAUUUUUGCAAGAGGAUCUUACACUGCUAGGUCAAAGUUCCUUGAUGACGAUAAUAAGUGCUAUUUGGAGAUCAACUAUACAUUUGAAAUCAAGAAAGAUUGGCAGGAAAAAUGAACGACGUCAUGACUUGAAUUGUUGCCCUCCAUACUUAAUCUUGUUUUCGUUCGUCACAAUUAUCUCAGUUUUAUUCUGCUAGUUUUACAGAAGAGAAAAAGGAGGGGAAAAGAGAGGCAGAACUACCUACUACAAUUGAUUACAUCAAAUGAUGAAAGAGGGGUGAACUUGAGUUGGGGUUCUUGUUUUGUUGAGUUAUCAAUUCAGUUUUAUUGAGCUUUUACAUGUGACAGAUUAACAAAAAGCUCUCUUUCUUCCUUUCAUGUGCAUAGGUGUGAUUGUAUUUCUUUUUGAAUGUUCUAAAACUGUGAAGAUAUCUUUUUCAAGAAUCUAGAGAUUUUGUUCGUCUA